GCUGAGCCAAUAAUAGACACCAGUAAAAAUUAGAUUGUUUGUGCUUGUACCACAGUGUGUUCGCAGACGUGCUCCACAAACUUUUCGCUUGCCGACGCAGUCCAAAAUAGUAAGAGUUGUGAUCAUUUUACACAAAAAAAAUAAAAUAAAUAAAAAUAAUAAUAUAUAUAGAUUGAUAUACAUAUAUGUAUACUGCAUAGUUGAAAUUGGUGUCCUCCCCAACUGUUUGAAAUAUAUUUGAAAUCUACAGAAAAUAAAAAAGUGCUAAGAACAUAUUUAUAAAAUAUUUAAAAACUGCAUAUACACACAAUUUUUGAAAAGUUGUUAAUAAUAAACGAAACGUAAUUUAUAAAACGCUAUCAUUAACACAUUAAGUGUAAUUUUCAACCACGAUUUAAGUUUUUUUGUGUGUUCGAAUAUAAGUAACUUGCAUAUAUAUAAAUAUAUAUAUAUAUAUAUAUAAAUUUGUUCAUAAUGGAAUCAACAUCUGAAGUUGUGUGGCAGGAACAAACGAAAUCAUCCGUUACAAAAAAAUCAGUUCAAGAAAUGUCAGCGACUACAGUCCAAAAAUUGUCAUCAUCUUCUUUUGCUGGGAAGCAGAGUGUGUUGUCUAUUUUAGGCUCUAAUGGUGAUAAAAUGACCAUCGAUGGCACGGUGAUGGCGUCGCAGUCGUUAUCACCAUCUCCAAUAAUUACCAGCCCUCUAUCAACAGACAAUGGAAGUGGCAUCAAUACUACUAGUCUUCAAAGUGAAUUUUCAGCCAUGAAAGUCAAGGAUGAGCAGGGUAAUGAAAUUGGCGAAAUUGUGCAACAAAAACAGGAACAGCAAUCUUUACAAGCUUCGUCAGCUGUAACGUCUUUAGGAACAUCGUCUGUAAAACAAGUUUCUUCAACUGCAUCAUCAUCUGUUGUACAACAACAACAAUCAGCUACAUCCCUUGUUACUAAAGCCCAAGAAACUUCAUCUUCGGUGAGUUCCUCAUCAUUUACAUCAACAAAGAAACAAGAAAUUGUAUCAUCCAGUACCAGAUCGUUGACGUCCAUUAAAUCUUCACAGUCCAUUGAAAAAGUUAUGAAGUCUUCUGCAUCAGCCGUUGUGGUUGAGGACCAAGAAUUUUGAAAUAUAGUACUGUUAAGAGUACCAAAAAAAGACAUGUUUCAAUUUUUUUUUAUUUUUUCUCUUGUAUCAUAUUUAAAAUGCCAUUAAAAUAUGCGUUUUGAAAUCUCUUCAGCAGCAUAUAUAUUUAUAUAUGUAAUCUUUUUACUAUUUGAAUGAUUUAUUUAUUAAAUGUUUACUUAAUUUCACAUCAAACAGAACCGUAAAUAACUUAAGAGAGUAUUUAUUAUCACAAAUCUUGUCACCUGGUAGACGGUCUUAUGUCCAACAUAUGUUAUGAGUAUUGUAGUAAUAAUAAUAAUAAAAUAUCUGUUGCAAUCAGAAA